AUUCAAUAACUGUUGAAAAAAUUAAGAAACGGGAUUACAGCUUUAAUAUACCCGCAAAUGUUUUGGGCAUGUCGGGAUUGUUGAUACCAUAAAAAGAUAAAACAUUCAAACUGUUGGUUGAGAGUGCAGGAGCAACUUUACAUACCCAAGGAAAAUGAAGUGUGGAUUAUUUCUAACGAUUUUGUUUGGUAUAAACUCCUACGGCAUGACAGCCGCAGAGUGCAACGACACAGUGGCAUCCACUUGCGAGGUUGAGGGUGGAAAUUACACCAAUAGCGAAGCUUGCAGGUUGAUUAGAAAUUAUAAAGCCUGUUUUGUAAAUGCUGAUUGCUUCAGUGGAAGUUACAAGUCUCAUUUUGAAGAAUAUGUAAGGGACCACCCACAUGUCGAUUGUGAUACAAACUCUCCAGAGUGCAACACCACAGCGGUAUUAACUUGUGGUAUUGAAGCUGGAAGAUACACCAAUAGUGAAUUUUGCAGGUUGCUUAGAAAUUAUAAAGCCUGUUUGGUUAAUGCUGAUUGCUUCAGUGGAAGUUACAAGUCUGGUUUUGAAGAAUAUGUAAGGAACCACACACACUUCGAUUGUGAGUGCAACACCACCGCAGCAUCAACUUGUGACUUUCAAGGUGGAAGAGCCAGCAAUAGUGAAUUUUGCAGAUUGCUUGGAAAUCAUAAAGCCUGCUUGGUAAAUGCUGAUUGCUUCAGAGGAAGUUACAAGUCUCAUUUUGAAGAAUACGUAAGGAACCACACACAUUUCGAUUGUGAUACAAACUCUGCAGAGUGCAACACCACAGCGGCAUUAACUUGUGGUAUUGAAGCUGGAAGAUACACCAAUAGUGAAUUUUGCAGGUUGCUUAGAAAUUAUAAAGCCUGUUUGGUUAAUGCUGAUUGCUUCAGUGGAAGUUACAAGUCUGGUUUUGAAGAAUAUGUAAGGAACCACACACACUUCGAUUGUGAGUGCAACACCACCGCAGCAUCAACUUGUGACUUUCAAGGUGGAAGAGCCAGCAAUAGUGAAUUUUGCAGAUUGCUUGGAAAUCAUAAAGCCUGCUUGGUAAAUGCUGAUUGCUUCAGAGGAAGUUACAAGUCUCAUUUUGAAGAAUACGUAAGGAACCACACACAAUUCGAUUGUGAUAUAAUCUCUUCCAACACGGCAGCCCCAAGGUGCAAAACCAUACUGGCAUCGUUUUGUGAUAUUAAAGCUGGGACAUACACCAAUAGCGAAGCUUGCAAGCUGAUUAGAAAUUAUAAAGCCUGUUUGAUAAAUGCUGAUUGCUUCAGUGGAAGUUUCAAGUCUCAUUUUGACGAAUAUGUAAGGAACCACCCACAUGUCGAUUGUGGAACAACUACUGGCACCGCUGGUGUAACUGCUGUCACCGCUGGCGUAUCCGUUAUGUUAUCUGUAGUGAUGACUGUUAAGAACUACCUUUAAGGAUACAAUUUUUCUUAUGUAUAUCUGUAUUUAAGGGAAUAAUCCUUAAUGAUUCAGUUUAUUGCUAUGACUCUUCCAUGUAUGUCGCUUAACAAUAUUACUGUUCACAAUGAUUUCUUUUAGCUUAGAUACAAAUAUGGCGUUUACUGAAACGAAAUGCGUUUAUAUAUGACUCUUCCAUGUAUGUCGCUUAACAAUAUUACUGUUCACAAUGAUUUCUUUUAGCUUAGAUACAAAUAUGGCGUUUACUGAAACGAAAUGCGUUUAUAUAUGUUUUUGAAGUGUGUCUCAAAUGUGCUUUUUUCUAAAAAAAAUAAAUAUUAAUACUAAAUUAAAAAUUUCCCUUUUCUAAAAAAAAAUUAAAAUCGCAAUCGUCAAUAUUUCGUCUCGUCAGACGUGUUUUCCUGGUACACUUUUGAAAACGAAAUUGUUUUAUUGAAUACCCAUUGGGUGUGUUUGGUUUUUAAAUUCAAUUUGUUUAUUGCCACAUGUACUUUAUUAUCUAUUUUUAUAUAAUAAACUUCUCUUUUACAAAAA